UUUCGCGGAUGCUGGCAGUUCCAGCGAGAGUCUCAACCGUCGGAAAUACUUCAGUUCGAUAUCGUGAGCGGGCAAAGAAACAUCGUUCGAACAGAAAAAGCGCGCUCGAGUGUGUCAUUGUUGGCUCAAAAUUGAUCCGAAGGAGAUACGUUAACCGCGCGUACUAUAAAAAAUAAUUGAGUGUGUCGUGAAAGAAGGAAAAACGUAACGAGAGAGAAUAAAAGUAGGAAAAUAAAAUAGGUCAGGGAUGAAUAUCGAUUGGAAGUCUCAUAUCGUAUUUGCUCUAUUACUAUCAUUUUUUCAAUCUCCGGUUAGAGGUCGUCGGAUUUAAAUCUCUCGUGAAGUUUACGAGGUACUCGGUGAGAAAACAACAAAAGCACGCGCGCGCGUGCGUUCUUCAUAUAAUCACAAUGAAGAAACGAAGAAUCGAUUGGAUCUUGAGGAUAUCGAUUGCCGGAUGAAAAUAAAAACAACAUAAUUGAACAACCGUAAACGCAAUAAGAAAAACAAAACGCGAAAAGCCAGAAGCGAGGUUAAAGGGUCCAUGGCCCGGGACCGUUUUCACCAUAAUUGGUGGUGGCUCCUCGUGGUCUUGAUCCUCGUUUCCGGGUCCUGGGUAAACCUCGUUCUAUCAUCGUCCUCUGCUCCAUCGUACGAUCGUUUACAAUCUUAUCAUCACCAUUAUUAUUCCUUACCAUCCUCAUCCGUCAUCAAACGUUCCUCAAAUUUAUAUUCCACCGGAGCUCCUGCUGAUGUUCUUGUUUUUUUGGGCGAUCAUUGUGACGACCAAUCGGACACUAACGAGAUCCAAGCCUUUCUCUCUGCGUACAGUGCCAAAAUUUCUAUCAGGAUGCUACAAAGAUCACUUACGUGCGAGAGCAAAUCUUGGGGUCUCGGAGUUCUCGUUCAGGCUCUCGGCCAAGCAACGACGAAGGCCCUUAUUGCCGCGCUCGAUCCUAAUACCUGCGAGGUCGCGGCCAGACUCGCACACCUCUGGGAUAAACCUCUUCUCACUUGGACAUGCCCAUUGAGAAUAAUAGAAGAGAACAAACCCUCAUCGACAAUCAGACUUUCGCCAUCGGUACCGGCAGUCGCGCAGGCACUCGCUGAAAUAUUUCUUCACUUCCGGUGGAAAACCGUCGCCGUCGUUAGUACCGAUCACGAACCAUGGCCGAGUCUCGACCGAUCUGUGAUCGGUGCGCUCCGCAGCAUUGGAAUAGUCCCGAGACACCACACCGUUCUUCCUCACCGCGGGACGAACAAACAGAUUCAUGGAACUCUCAAACUUCUUCAUACGGUCCCUUGCAGAGUUAUAGUACUCUGUCUUCCGGUGGAGGACGAAGAAUUUGCGAAGCGGGCAAUCGUGCAAAUAAACGCUAAAAAUUCGAUCGUACUGCUCGUCCAUCCGGAAACGCCGAAUCCAUUUUUACCAGCUUCCGUGAAUCCGUAUACGACAAUCGUACAAUCAAGAUCUUCCUUGCUCAAUAAUCACACGGACGUUGAAACGCCCGAGAAACUAAUGAAUAAUAAACGCUUUCCAACGUUUAUCAAUCCGGAAUUCGUUCUGCCGAGAAAUUUUCUCGCCCUCGUACCAUUCGAUCAACGGUACGAUCUCGAGAGAAUUUACAAUGGAACACAAAUCUACGUGGAGCCAAAUAUCCUGGAACAUUUGAACGAAUCUCUCAAUAUUUUGACACACGAUAAUUCUUCCCUCGACACGAACAACAACAAGAUGUACACCUAUGGGGUUCUCGCUUGGCGGACCAACGCCUGGAAACCCAUACUCCAGGUGAUCGAGCACGACGAACGUUUGCUGCUCCGGGCAUUUAUGGACAAUAAUUAUUUAGCAGACGAGGAAAGCUCCGACGUACUUUGCGAGGAUGAAAACGACUGCGCCGGUACUGUUCAAAUCAACACCGACUUGAUUCCAUUGCGAGCAGCCCACAUAAUCACUAUUGUUUUGGGAUCUUUGCUGUUCGCUCUCAUGAUCCUCGUAACCGUUGCGCUAAUCCGGAGACACUUGUUGAACAAAAGAAUGUCGAAGGGACCCUACAAAAUAAUAUUGACCGCGUCCGAUUUCGUCUUUCCUCAAAUGCCUGAUUCCAGGCGCGUCGACGAGGGCAUAGAAGCGAUGCUCUGCUGCUGGCUCCAUCAGCUUCAAGAAUUCGGAGGACCGGAGGUCGAGAAGCCGGACCUCUUGCAGGGUAGCGUCGGUUCGUUGAAAACCCAUCACGGGAUCCAAGCUAGCACGGGGAGUCUGGCGAGGCAUACGAUUUUCAAGGAUCCCCGAGCCAGAUACAACGGUGAUCUCGUUCAACUUAAGGAACUGCCGUCACAAGGCACCUUUGAACUCAAGAGCAAAGCAAUGGAUGUGUUAGUUAUGGUGCAUGGACUGAGACACGAAAAUUUGAACCCUCUCAUCGGUUGUCUGACAGAGCCGACGAGGCCGUGCUUAGUUUCGGAAUAUUGUUCGAGAGGAUCUCUGGAGGAUGUUCUGGUCCAGGACGAGAUAAAACUCGAUUGGUCCUUCCGACUCUCUCUGCUAACGGAUCUCGUGCGGGGUAUAAAGUAUCUUCACAGCAGCCCAAUUCGUGUUCACGGAUACUUAACAUCGAGAAAUUGCGUAAUCGACGCUCGCUGGGUCCUGAAGGUCACUGAUUAUGGAUUACCUGCAUUUUAUGAGGCACAAAAUCUCGUCCCACCGACGAAAACAGCUCGAGAUCUUUUGUGGACCGCUCCGGAGCUUCUGAGGCAUCCUCACCUCCAAAAAAGAGGCACGCAGCCCGGUGACGUUUACAGCUUUGGGAUAAUAAUGCAGGAAGUCGUUGUUCGGGGAGAACCUUUUUGCAUGCUCGCUCUCACGCCCGAAGAAAUCAUUGAAAAAGUGAAAAAACCACCGCCUCUCAUAAGACCAUCGGUGAGCAAGGGGGCAGCGCCACCCGAAGCGAUCAACAUAAUGCGUCAAUGUUGGGCCGAAGCUGCUGAUAUGAGACCGGAUUUCAACGCGGUUCAUGAUCUCUUUAAGAAAUUGAAUCACGGCAGAAAGGUCAAUUUCGUCGAUACGAUGUUCCAAAUGCUAGAAAAGUAUUCCAACAAUCUGGAGGAACUUAUACGAGAACGUACCGAACAAUUGGACAUGGAAAAAAAGAAAACGGAGCAGCUUCUCAAUCGUAUGCUUCCGAGUACCGUUGCCGAGAAACUGAAGCUCGGAAUGCCGGUGGAUCCCGAAGAAUUCGCAGAAGUGACGAUUUACUUUUCGGACAUAGUCGGAUUCACAACGAUAUCGGCUUAUUCGACGCCCUUUCAGGUGGUCGAUCUCCUCAAUGAUCUUUACACGUGUUUCGACGCAACGAUCAACGCCUACACGGUAUACAAAGUCGAAACUAUCGGGGACGCGUACAUGGUCGUCGGCGGAUGUCCUGUCAGGAUUCCUGACCAUGCCUCCCAGAUUGCCACCAUGGCGCUCGAUCUUUUGCAUCAGAGUGGCAAAUUCAAGCUCAAACAUUUGCCAAAGACUCAAUUGAGACUCAGAAUCGGACUUCAUACCGGGCCAUGUUGCGCCGGAGUCGUUGGGCUCACGAUGCCGAGAUAUUGUCUAUUUGGCGAUACGGUAAACACAGCCUCGAGGAUGGAAUCAACGGGAGCACCGUGGCGUAUACAUCUGAGCCAAGCAACGUGGAAUCGUUUGAACGAGGUUGGCGGUUAUCACAUCGAGUAUCGUGGACGAACGGAUAUAAAGGGCAAAGGAAAAAUGCCAACGUACUGGUUGCUUGGCAAACAAGGCUUCGAUAAAGAUUUGCCGACCCCUCCAUCGCUCGGAGAGGAUCAUGGAUUGGAGGAGAGCGAAAUACUGGAAAACUUGGCAAACAGAAACGAUUCACUACCGGAAAUGGAAAUAGGACAAGGGCAACAAUCCGUAGAGGAACGUACGAUAUCGAUCGAACAGGACGAGAGUUCCGGGGAUCAGAGUUGUUCGAUCGUAAGCACUUCUGGGACGGGCGAGCAAUCAUCUUCACCGUCGCGUUCGGUGGUGAACGUCUCGCAGACGACCGCUUCCGGAAGCGGUAAAUGCGUAGGGAAACAGCGAGUUUUCGUUUCGGUCCACGACGACACAAAUACCUCAAAUUUGACGACAAUAUCGAGCGAGGCGGCAACAACGGCGAUGGAAAUAUUUCGCGACAUCGUUAAAAGUCCGCCCGAACCUUAUGGCGCCGUGAGUUCCACGGGAAUGACGAAAAAUAUUUGCUCCGACAAUCAAAUACUCGGAACUCCCGUUUCGGCGAGUGAAGUUGCGGCUGCUCUUCUUGGCGCUGCCUCCUCGACGUCUUCUCUCACCUCGUUACAAAGCGGUUCGUCAGCGUUUCGAACUCGGCACCGAAGACUCGCUGCCGCCAGCGGGGGCAGCGUUAUCGGCGAGGACGAUCUUAGCACGCCUUACAAUCAUUAUCGAUGCCUGUCACCCAACGAAUACAAUCUCUCGUCCACUGGAAAGGGAUCGAGCGGCCGUUUUCUCAAGCGACAAUUCAGUCUCGACCGAGCGGACGAUCCGCUGACAAUAGCAUCGAUAAUAUCGGAACAACAGCCGUCCCAGCAAUCGAUCAAUCGAGCUGGUCAACGAUUGUGCAAGCAAAACAGCGCGGGAGCGGCCAACGACUUGGAAAGGAUCGAGGAAAUUCCAUCUUCGUCGUCGAUCGGAACGACGACUCAACCGAUUUUGAGACAUCGAGAUCAGCAAGCCGGUUAUCGACACGCUGCGUCAAUGUCUCUAUCGGUCGAGUCCCUCACGUUACAUUAGAUAUGAUAGAACGGUAUGAAACAUCGAUAUAAACUGUAUAUUCAUGCGAACGGUUCCUCUUGUGCAAAAUAACGAGAAAAAAAUGGCGUAAAAUCCUCUACGACGUACCUUGACGAUUUCACAUUCAGAGAUUAUAAAACCUCCAAGAUUCAAUCAAAGUUUUAAAUAUCAUACAAAUUUACGAUGCCAAACUACCUCCCUAAGCAUUAUUCAAAAUACAUAUAAUAAUAUGUAACAUGUACUAUACGAGAUGAAUUGUGAGAAUAAUCAUUUUCUCCGUAAACGCGUUCGUAGCUUUAAAAUAACGAUUAUUAAUGUGUCUGUGAAAUACUGUUUUAUCUUUAUCCUAUACGUGGAUCGAUUUUCUCCCCGCCCAGGAAUCUAAUCGAGAAACAAACAUUUUGCAAUAUAUCAUACUACUGCUGGCCAGUUGAAUUAUUUUCAGUUCGAAUUACGAAGAGAAGUACUAUUUCGCAUAACCCUCUAUACAUUAUAUAAAAGACAGGUGUCUCAUAAAUCGUUACGUGACACUCGAUAACUAUCAUGCCGUACCUGCGCGUGUAGAAAUUAGAUUGAAAAUUUGAUGGAACCUCAUCGAACAUUAUUCAAUUAUAAUUCUCGUGACAAUUUGAAUCUGGCACUGACACGCGGAUAGCACACGUUCACGUGGAUGAUGUGUAAUGCGAAAUGCGGGAUUGCAAUUAUAAUCAUAAUGUUGUGAAUACCUUUUCUAUCGGCCUAAAAAUCACGUCACGUAUCGUGUAGGAAAUGAAUUACCAUUUAGUUGUAUAGUAAGGAUAAAAGAAAUGAUAAACGAGACUUCUUCACCCUGAAUCUCUUGUGACCGCCAUCAUGAAAGAUGUAAAUUUAAUGUGACAUUCUUGCGUGUACGAAUAAGGGAUCUUAUCGGCCCUCGUAGGCCCAUUCGGCUUAAGGUCUGUGUUCCGACACUUUUUUUUUUGUACCCUUAUUCCGAAAUGAGAUAUAUUUUAGCCCUUAUUUUUUAUUGGGUCAUUCGGGAGGGCGGUUUGGGUAAAGGCGAAUUCUUUGUACGAAUUUCCCUCUCCGAGCUCCGUAUAUAUCUAUUUGGUCCCGCAUAUCCGCGGCAUGGGAGAACUGCCGGACUAUUUUAUCGGUAGCAAAUAAUGACGUCUAAAUCUAUUAGGGACUGUCGUUAGGUUUUUCAUACGUCGAUCGGUAUCGCUGUCAAACGAUCACGGUGAAUGUUGUAUAAACACUAAUAUUGCGGAUUAUAACGACGCUCUAUCGACUCGUGAAUUCGCAUCCUUUAUUGUCCAGUCAAAAAUGACUCUCAUCGAUACAGGGUCUUGUUGAGUCCCUGGUAUAAAAAUUUUCGUCCCUGCGGAUAAGGCAAUCUCGCUAGGGAACCUCUAGCCAAGUGUUUGGAACACCUAACAAUUGAACUUCGUAUUCGUUCAUUUGAAACUUUUUAUAUAAACGUUUUAUUCGUUUUUCAAAUAUUAAUCUUUUGGCCAAUUGUUCUUUUCUACUCUCUAAAUUUGACUGAUAGAUUAUUGAAAACCAAGAAAUUGGUUUUGUUUUUUCAACUGUGGAUAAUUUUUUGGAUUUUCACAUUUUUUUUAUUCCGUAUUCACAUUAGAAUAUAACUUUUUAUAUUACAUUGACAUUUUUCGUUAUAGAAUUAGUGAUAUAGAAAGAAAAAUUCUCCAUUUUUUCUUCUUAAACUUUUGAAUUUGUAUAAAAAAAUAAUUUUCUACCAAUGUUCACCGAAAGGAUAGAACACUUCGUUGUUGUGCGAAUGCUCUGUAUAGGAACUGAAUCUAUAGAUUAUACGGGAGAACAAAAUAAACGCGCCGACGGAAUAUAUUUAUAAAUAUUUAUAUGUUGUUGAACGGUCGAUGUUUAGAGAUUGAAAAGAAAAAAUUGUCUUGUUAUUACGACUUGUGAGUGUGUGUCCGUGCGUGUUAGCACAUACGCCCGUAAAUAAGUAAAAACCCAAACAAUAUCACCGGUGCAUGUAUUUUGUCAUGGAAAAAAAAUUGAGGAACAAAAUACUUGCUGCGGUGCGAGUACGAGUACAAGAUGAUUAAGGCUCCUCGCGAUUUUCCUCAUCCGAUUCCAGUCAUUUGCGGCAAUCUCUAUACGCAACACUUCCGAUCAUUUAGUUUGUUCUAGUUAUUAAAAAGUAGGCUGGACAAAAAAAGCUUUGAUCAACCAAAGCUGAAAUUGAAAAACUUGAAAGUCCGUUUUCAUUUGCAAAUCUUUUCAUACAGACCCGAAAAGGGAUCAUUCGAAAAAAGUAAUCUUUUUAAAUGAUGAUGGAAAUCGCGUUCGAAAAUCGUCAUCGAAAUCGGAGCAUCAUUGUUACAAUAAUUAUAAAUACGAGGAUAAAGUUGUUGAGAUAUUUAUAAUUGAAUAAGAUUAUUUACACGGGGGAAAAGAAGCUGGAAAUUGUGUAGAACGAGGAAAAAUCGAAUAUGUGUUACCGAACAUGCUCGAACAAUUUUAACGAUGGAUGUUAAAUGUUGAAAAAAAAUAGUAAUAACUGUAGAAUAUUGUAUAUUCGCCGGAAAUUGGGUAUUUAUAUAUUCUAGAAGCUCCGUUAUUUAUGAAGACGUGUUUAUUAGUACGACGAAACACCAUCAGCAAUAAAAAAGAACUUAUUGAAAAAUUA